UCCAGUCAGCUGUCAUCUGUAAUGUGGUGUGCACUCACUGGCGCCCAGACCAAACAAAUUGUUUCGCUAAUAUAUGGAAUUUGUAGCAUAGAAUGGACGAGGAGGAGCAUUUACACCGAUUUGGAACUCCGCUGCCAGCCUUGCAAAAGGAUGUUGUGCCGGCUAAAAAGCCAGUGGCCAUCGAGGAUCAAAUUGUGAAGGACGAAAAUGGAAAGCGGAGAUUCCAUGGAGCCUUCACCGGCGGCUUCAGUGCGGGCUUCUGGAACACGGUUGGCUCACUGGAGGGCUGGACGCCGCAGACCUUUAAAAGUUCGCGGGGCGAGCGGGCGUCGUCAAAGGCUCAGCUGAAACCGGAAGACUUUAUGGACCAGGAGGAUCUGGGCGAGUUUGGCAUCGCACCGCAAGGCAUUCGCACGCGUGAUGAGUUCGCCAAUGAGGACGAGCAGAAGCAACGUUCUGAUCAGAGGCGCCGCAAGUUAAUGCAGCCUGAGUUGGGUGUCGGGGCCAUACCAGGUCUUCCAGUGCUGGAGCAACUUCUACGACCGGUUCGAGAUAAAGUGGCCGUGCGAAUACUUAAAAGCAUGGGCUGGAAACCUGGCCAAGGUGUAGGCCCGCGGCAAACUCGAAAGGAGAAGCGCCAAGCUACGGCCAGAAAUUCCAAAGAGCAGUAUCUUAUGGAACACUACGGCGCGGAGGGACUACCAUCUAAUAAAGAGAACAAAGGAGAAGAAGAUAGCAAUAAUGAGGACGAAGACGAUGAAGAUAUUACAUUUGCUCCGGACGACUACGAGCCGAUCUUUUACACACCCAAGGAGAACCGCUUUGGCAUGAGCUACUCCGGUCUCAACCGUGAUCCCAUUCUGUCCAAAUCGUCUUCUUCUUCUGCCAAGCCUAUGCAACACAUCAAUCUAUUUGGUGAGAUGGAGGCGCAGGCUAACAAAAAGCAACUAUCCAUACGAGGUCAAGCCUUCGGAGUGGGAGCCUUUGAGGAAGAGGACGAGGAUAUAUAUGCCCGCGAUGAUAUGACCCGCUACGAUUUCUCCCUGGCGGACAAGAAACCCAAGCAAAAAAAGCAGCAGCAUGUCCAACAGCGUCAUGUCAUCGAUGGCUUCAGUGAGGACAACUCGCCGGCAGUGCUGCAGAGGCCUUAUGCCAUUGAUUUACCUAGGGAUUUUCAGCCCAGAAACUGGCUGCAGCGACGAAGCCGCUUUGCACCGAUGGACAAAGAAAGAGCCCAGAAACUGGAGACAGCCUCAGAGUACAAACGGUCUGGUCUGGGAAGACACGAUCUCAAUCCGGAUCAACGUGCGCAGAUCUUAGGCGAGCAACAACAAGAGGAAAAGACUGCGGAAGAGCAGCCAAAACGAAAUCCCUUUAAGGAUCAUAGUAAAUCUUUAAUGGAACGCAUUAAUGCCAGAACUGAGGGCUUUACCAAGGGCGGAGUGAUAACCGAAAAUGGCGAGGAGCAGCAAACUGAACUAGCCAAGGAAGUAAAGGAGGCAAAUGCCGCCAUACAAGAGAGAGCAGCCCUCAAGACGAAGGACUUGCCUUCUGCUAUGAAUUCUUCAAGCGCUUUUAAACCUUUUAUAGCUGAUGAAGCUAAGCAGCUGCGAUAUGAGAAAUUCGUAUCAUCAAAGCUUACGGAUGACAAGGAAAUUACGGAGUUCCUGGCGAGAAUGCAACCAGUUACACUAUCUCUGUGGGAUAGGGAGAUGGAGAAGAAGGAGUUUAUUCAGGCGGCAAAGAUAUAUCGACCAUUAGUUGGCCUUAUGAAUGACAGGUUCGUUUCGGAAGCCAAUGUUCAAGCAGAGAAAGUAGAGCAGCAAGAGAAGCCGCCGGAGGAGCGAAAGAUCGUGAUGGAGAGGACCAAGACCAUGUGGAAACCCACCGCACUGCUGUGCAAGCGGUACAAUAUAGCCGAGCCCUUUGGUGGUGCCAUGCUGGAACCAGAAAAGGAACUGAAAGCCAAGGCAAAAAUUUCAGUAUUUGAUUAUCUAGAGACAUCCGUAAACACUAAAGCAAACUUCGAAACCCCCUCUAUUUUUCCCAAGCACAUCGAAAAAUCAAUUCCGGAAAAGGUAGAAACACCACCAUCCCCGCCACCAGCUCCUCAACCAGAAGCUGAGAUACAGGAUAAACCUAAUACAAAAGAAGAGCCGUCUAAGCAUACUUUCGUGCCGAAAACUCCCCUGGAGCAGGCUGUAGAUGAAUCCCGCAACAAACCCAUCUCAGAGAAAGUGGACCUGUUCAAAAGCAUUUUCGAGGACAGCGAUGAGGAAGAGACGGAACUAUCCGAGCAGGAUAAAUUAGCUAUCCUGCAAGAGUCUUUUGGCUUACCCGUAACAUCGACCACCUCAGCUGCCGCCCAAAAUGUCCUGAGAAACACUUCGCCACCCAGAGGAAUCUUUGCUUCCCUAUUUAGUCCUAAGAUAAAGGAUGCUGCCAAAGAACCAGCACCGACCAAGUUUGGUCCCAUCGAGGGAAGCAAACUGAAAAUCGCAUACAAACCACGAAAGGAGCGACUGAGAAACGAUAGGGAGUUGGCAAUGGCUGAGGUGGCGCCAGAGGAUAUUUAUGGACCAAAGUUACCGACAGCACCUCCUCAAAAGCCGGCUGCUCCAGAGAUUCAGGCAGAGGCGAAUAUUGACGACAGACUUCAACAGCUUUGGCAGCAGCACGCGCCUAAAAAGCGCAAAGCUGAAAAGUGGGUGGAAAAGAAAUGCAUAUCCGGCAGCGAAGAUAGCGAUGCUAGUUCUAGCAACGAAUCCUCAUCAUCCGAUUCUUCUGAUGACAAUGACAAGAGAUCCAAACUCAGUAAGCCCAAGAAAUCGCACAAGGGCUCCAGCUCGAAAAAGUCUAAGAAAUCGAAGCUGAAGUCCAAGAAAAAAUCGAAAAAGAGCGAAGAAUCCAAGCACAAGGCCAAGAAGAAGAAGAAGAAGAGCAAACAUUGACUGUAAAUAGUAGUAAAUAAAAUAAAUUGGCUUUCUCUCCAUUUUAAAGUC